GGCGGAGUGCGCGAAAACGGCCAGGAUUCAGAUGGCGUUGCCACCGGGCGGCAAGGCGGCACCCGCUGGCGCCGGAGGGGCCAACCUGUAUGAAGAGCUCGGGGACAGCAGCAUGGCUAAAAAGUCUGUCAUUGAGGAGGCCGACCACCAAAGGAAUCUUAGUACCUUUGCCUGUCGCGCAUUUGCCGCUCACAGCAACGGAGCGCUGCAUGUCAACUUGCCGAAGUCGGAAAGCAACGUGACCUACCUCUCCGACCGCAACCCGCUAACCACACACAACCCUGUCUACAGAGACAACAGUCUUCGAGGAAGCCCUCCUGAAAAACGCUUCUCCUUCUCUAUGCCUCACUCCGAAUGGCCAGGGUGCGCCUGGACGAUGCCGGCUCGCAUUCAUGCGGAGAGUUACGAGGCACCUCGGAGGCAAGCCCUCAUGGACCCGGCUGAUUGGGAGGUGCAGAUUCUCCGGGCGACCAUGAGAGAAUCGAAAAGUUCAGAAGUUCUCCCCUUGAGUGGCAGGUCCGAGACAAGACUGUCAGUCCGUGAGCAAGCGAGGCACUUUGAGCAGCAGGCCUUGGUAGAGCGAGCCCUCAUGCAGAACACCCAAGGCUCACUAUCCCCAAUACUUGUCAGGGAUCAAGAUGGCACUGAUGUGCUGGAAGUGACCUCAAAUACUCUCCUUUCCAUCAUGGACUACCCUUCCUCUUUUGGCAGAGACGUACCCCCAAAUAUCAUCAUCACCCAGGGAGAUGAGUCCUGGCCCGUACCCAGCCAGAGGUCGACUCCCCCUGUCCUUAAGAAAUUCGGCUCCAGCAUCUCCAACUACAUGACAGUGCAGCCAUGCCAGAUCCACGUGGAGAUCAUACCAGACCCGCCAGAGAACCCGCCGCCCCCUCUUCCAGAGCGUCAGCCCUCUUCGCCCUCGUUGUCCUCCAGCUCCGAUCCACCUUCAUUUUCACCUUCACCCCCUAACAUCCCUAAACUUAACCAUCAAGCCUCACCGCCACCUUCCCCUCCCAAUGAACCAGUCUUCCCCCCACCUCCUCCGCCCCUCCCCCCGCCCUCACCCCCUAUCAACCAGAUCCGCCCGGUCGGCCAGUUUGUCCCGACCUCUUUGCCGCCAGUGUCCUCGCUCCGCCCCGUCUCCGAACGCAAGCUCCACUCUCCCCCCGUCACACCGCGGACCGACAGCGACAGGAAGGAGCUGAGAGGGAUCCUCAGAAACCUCCAGAAUCUGGCCGACAUAGAGCGGUCCGUUGCCAACUUGUACAGCCAAGUGGACAGAAACUGCAAGGUGCCCAGGUUUAAGAAGAAGCCACAAGUGACUGAGUGGUCAGAGGGUGCUAACACGUUGCAAGACUCUGAUCUCGGCGGUGAGCGGAGCACGCCAAAGCCCGACACUCCCAGCUCUGCGGUCCAAAUCAGCUCAGGCGUGAAGUCUGCUGAAGUCACUGAAAGCGGCGAGGACGUGGCGGACGAGGUGCACAGCUCAAACGCUGCUGAGCUCAGCGAGCUCUCUUCCUCUCAAACCACAGUGUUCUGACUUCCACUCUGUCUUUCUUCUCAUUAUCCACGUUUUUACAUCUGCGUUCUUUGUUUUUCUUCACAGUUUCAGUUUCCUGAAUUUUGCACAGCUGGUAGUUUUGCCACAUUAUGCUUUGGUUUUGAUUGUGUAGCUUUCUAAGAGACAGUGUUUUUUUUUCUUUUUCUUUUUUACCCGCAAUGUUGUCUUGAAAGCCGCCAUCUGCCAAAAAGAAAGUGUACUCAGCGUUACUGCAUUGACUGUACUAUGUGCUUAUAGGCCUGCUUUGCAUUAUAAAAGUGUCGAACCGUCGUGUUGCACUUGUUUCUGUUACUGGCGCUACAGGAGACAUAAAAGUUUCCAACGAUAUUGUCAUGUUGCAGGAGAGCUGUAGUCAUUGUGUGCUCCGUUGCUUGGAUAUACAUGACGUCAC